CAAAAUAUUUCGACACACGACCCUAAAAAGAUUCAAAACCAAAAUAUUAAGGAUAUGGGUGAUGAAGAAGGGCCGAGAUGCAUUGUUUCUGAUCCAGCUCACCCGCACAACGUCUCUCGUCGAGACAAUUACAAGGUUAAGCACAACUGCUUCUCUUGCGGGAAAAACGAUGUUUCUUGGGAGUUACGUGGAUUUACUGACAACUUCCAUUACUACUGCACCAUAUGCGACAUAGAGUUCCACAGGAGAUGUCUUCAGAUUCCAAGUAAGAUGAUUCACCCUUAUCAUCCUCAACACCCUCUCACUUUCACCUUUGUAAGCUAUGAAACCAAGAUCGUAGUGGACGUCAACUACGGUGACUUCUGUACCUUUCUAUGUCGUUCUGGAUUGAACAUGCCUGAAUACCUCCAAACUAUUGGGUCCAAAUCAAAUAUCAUAUUCGAUAAAUGCACUUUGUGUGGGAAUGUUCUCAGCGAAUGGUUCUACCGUUGUUCCAUAUGUAACUUCUUUUUGGAUUUCCGUUGUGCUAGAAAUUUUCCGCCUCUUACAAUUCAAAAUCCAAGAAGCCAUCACCAUUCACUCGCCUUGUUCCGUCGACCAGUCUCAUUUCCUUGUGAUGCUUGUGGGUUGAUCAACUUGUUAGACCCAAGUUAUGCUUGUCACCAAUGUGAUUACAUGGUUCACAAGAGUUGUGUUGAUUUACCACGCGUCAUAAAGAUCACACGUCACCCUCAUCGACUUUCGCACACUCCUCACCUACCAACCAAAGUUUCGUUAUGCCGGGUUUGCUACAAGCAUGUUGACAUCAAGUAUGGUCAAUAUUCUUGCACACAUGAGGGUUGCACUUAUGUAGUCCAUUCAAAAUGUGCAACACAUAGAAAAAUAUGGAACGGGGGAGAACUCGAAUGGGCACCUGAAGAACCCGAUGAAACUGAAGCUAUUGCGCCAUUCAAAAAAGUAGGUGAUGGUUUGAUACAACAUUUUUGUCACCAUCUUCAUAUUCUAAAGCUUGAGAAAUACGACCGUGUACGUGACUCAGCAAAGCAAUGUCAAGCAUGCAUGCGUCCUAUCAGCUCUCAAGAUUUCUACAACUGUAUGGAAUGUGACUUCUUUCUCCAUGAAGUAUGUGCCAAUCUUCCACGGAAACUAGAGCAUGCAUUGCAUCACCACCCUCUUUUCAUAGACCCGUAUCCUCUAUACGAUCACGAUUGCGGUAACUUAGCGUGUUCAGUUUGUUUCCGGAAGUCGAGUGGUCUCAUGUACAGAUGCAGAGAAGAAGAAUGCGUAGGUUACGAGCAGUUUCAGCUAGAUCUCAACUGCGUUUUAGUUCCUGAGUAUUUCACCCAUAAAAGUCAUGCAGAACAUCAUGUAUUCAUCUCCCCAUCCUAUAGCGAAGAAAACGAAGCUCUCUGCCAGGGUUGCAAGAAGAGAGUUUAUAAUUAUCAUCUACACUGUAGUUUGUGCGAAUUCGUUUUAUGUUACGAAUGCGCCACAAUUCCUAAUGAGAUACACUACAAAUUCGAUGAGCAUUCUCUCACUCUUUCUUAUGGAGAAAGUGGCGUGGAUGACAAGUACUGGUGCGAAGUAUGCGAGAAAGGAUUAGAUCCAACGGAAUGGUUCUACAUAAACAAAGAAAGUUGCACCACAAUCCACCAUAAAUGUUUAUUUGGAGAUUCUGGUUAUAUGAAGCCUGGUCACAUAUUCGAUUACUGCGGUAAUAAGGUGGAAGUUGUUGGCAAUGGUAGUAGCUCUCGUCCCAUAUGUCUUACAUGUCAAUACCAUUGCCCACAUCACAAGAAGCACGAGAAAACUCAUUUGCCAUCGAUUGGUAGAGCAUUUGAUGGUGUGAAGUUACUUAGCUGA